AUGUUUUUGUAGGCAGUUGUUUCUAUAAUUUCUUUUGGUUUGGUUUAAUUUUUACUCAACAAUUAUGUCAAUAAUGGUUUGCACAGAAAAAAAUGUUUGAAUAGAACAACACAGCUAUGAAUUGGAAAGUUACUUUAAAUUUUAUUAACACAAUUAACACAGUGACUGUUCAUACAGCAAUCCGAUGAAUAAUAUAUAAUUAUUAGUCCAGAUAUGUUUUGUUGGACGGUUAGAAUACCUUUAACUAUAAAUAUUACACACACUUUUCGGAACUGAAAUAUACUUGAAAUUAUUUACAUGUUUGAUCAAUUGUUAUUUAAUUUUAAAAAAUCUUUCCUUAUCUAUAUUAUAUAACACAUUAAAUUAUAAUGGGUAAGGAUAGUUAGGUUAGGUUAGGUUAGGUUAAUUUUUUUUUUUUAUUGGACUCGCCCCAGCCCACCGUCGAGGUUUGCACGAGAUGGGCUGUGCAGCGCCAAGACCUCGCGUCGGCUUUCGGCGGAGUGGACUUGUCGCUUUCGAAUAUCGUGGAGAAGCUAUGCUCGAGAGUGACGGGUCCUGGCUGGUGGUGUCCUCCUUCUGUGAGACGGUCAUGUACACAAAGGAGGCAUCUGAGCGGAAAAGGGAGGCUGCGGCGGAUGCACCCUACCUCCGCAGAUGUAGCAUAAAGCGUCCGUCUCACUGGGACGAGCUUAGACAAAGUUUAACAAUAUACUUUUGACUGAAAUCACAAAUAUUAAGCUGUUCUAAUUAAAAAAAAAAUGUUCCAAUCGUUGAAGGAAAUUAUAAUUCAAAAAAUAUUAAAUAUAUUUGGAUUGAUAAUUAUUCAUACAGUUACUGGACAAAUAGAUAUAAAUUAUACGAACAGUAACCGUAUGAAUAGGAUCAGCCUUUUAUUAAUUGCUCUUUCCUCUUACUUUUCGGACUGGCCAUGUUUAGUCUUUAAUUAGUGUUUUUGACAUAUAAAUAAGUGUAAUCAAAACGCAACAUUUUGAUGAGAACAAGAUAAUCCUCUUUAUUCCAGUAUUUUGUAAUUUUAUUUAUUAACAAAAAUGGCUAAGAUUGCGGACGAACCGAAUAUGAGUGACUCCACUUUAUUGGUGACCGUAGAAGAUCUUAUAAACCAAGCCAUGGGACCACCUGGUGGGAAUGUAGUGGACUUCAAAUUGAUUCAAGUGGUUCUCCAAAUUCUCGCACGUCAACAGCGAAUGCUGCAACAAAAGGUAGAAAUCCAGGUUUCAGAAUUUAUUGAAGUAACGCCUAUUAAGAAGUCUAAGGGAAAGUCUUCGGAAGAAUCAACUGAAAGUUCAUCCUCUAGAAGUCCUCGUCCUCUUGCGAAGCCUCACAUGGCGAAGAUAAAGGAAGAACAAAAAAUGGACGAUGAUAAGCGAACUGAACAAGAAGAACAAAGAGAAGACGAUCAGGAAAAAGUUGAUAAGAAAAGUAAACAGGAACAAUCUGCUAAAGAAAAAGCUAAAUCAAAGAAAGACGGAGACACAACUGAAAAAGAGUUGGGCAAAACUAAGUCACAAAGUGAGUUUGAAAAAGUUCAAAAGGAGGAAGAAGACAAAAGCAAACCACAGAAAGAAUCUGGAAAAGGCCAAAAGGGAACAGCAAAAGGCAAAUCUCAGAAGGAUAUGGGAAAAACUCAAAAGAAACAAGGAAAGAAACCUGAUGACUCAGCUGGUACCACUUUAACUGUCACGGAAACGAAGCGGGAUAAAGAAAAUGUGAUUGUAGUGGAAAAAGGUCCAACUACACGUACAGAUUCCCAUGGCCGGACAAACAUCGAUGUGGUAACUCAGUCACAAUUCGCAAUUCUGGAAGCGGCGAUAAAAGACCUCAUGGACGUUGCUGCUCCACAACCCCUCUCGAUGCCAAAAAAUGAGAAGUUGAGGAAAGAUCUCGCCAAAGGCACUGCGACUUUGCCUGAUGCUAUGGAGGCUAUGCAGGUAGUAGCUCGUAUGAAAGCAGCAGAAGCCGCUAUCCAGCGCAUGUCAGGCCUGAUUACACAUCUGGCAGGUGCAAGUGACCUCGCCGAUGUUGGCGAUGUCUCAGAUGUGACAGAUGAGAGGGAAGAGAAACUCCCUGAAGAGACCAUCAAAUCUCGAGUUUCUGUCGCUCCGAGGAAGUCUGUAAUGAUCGAUCCGAAGGUUUCUCAAGUGUCACAUAUAAGUACGAAGCCGUCAGUAGCCUCCUAUGUAGACACCGGCCCUUCGUCGGCCUCGUCAGUGGCCGCUCCCAGACCCUCACAAGUUUCGGUCAAACCGUCGGUGUUGUCCAAAGCUUCUUCCGUGACUAUGGGCCCGAGUGUCACCCAAGAAGAAAUGGAGUCAGCCCUGAGAGGUUUGCAUGACGAAAUAUCCAAGUCUCUUAACGCGGCCGUGAGUCGUGCCGCGACUGCUGCGGAGACGGCCCUCCACACUGCUGUCAAUGUCGCAAAUAAACUAGACGUAGCUCUAAAACUGGAUAGUCGUAUAUCAGCGCUGUACGCCAUCGUCGGUGACUACUCAGAUCAGUUGAGUGGAUUCGACGCCGGGCUCACGACACAAAUGCAAGGUUUCAAAGAUCAAAUCGCCCAAAUGCGUUCGGAUCUCAAGAAAGGACUUCAACAGUUGGACAAUGUUAACAAUAACGCCGAAACAGCUGCUGUGAUGGAGCUGACGGAGCGCUACACUGAGCUGGUCGUAGACCUGGACACCACUAUGACAGCGCACACGGCGCUGCAGCAGCUACAGUCAAAGCUGGCUGGGGAGAUGCAUAGCUUGGUGGAGUGUGUGGAAAUGCUGCGCGAACAGAAAUGCGACAGAGAUGAAGUCUUGGAUGGACUCCGGGAUAAGGCCGACAUAUCACGUCUGGCGGGUCUGCUGUCAGAGGUACAGUUCGCGACGGCGCGGACUGACUUCGAGCGGCGGCUAGACCUCUGUCACGACAAAUUCAACAGACAGGAUGCAAUGUGGACGUCGGCAGUCAUGGACCUGUCCCGUCUGACGGAUCAGAAGGCGGAACUGAUCGAGUUGCUAUCGUUACGAGACACCACACAGAAACAACUGCAAGAGUUACAAGACAGGCUGCACACGAUGGCCGUCGUACUGGGAGAGCCAAAGGCGGCGCUGCUUACUCGCCAACUAGCUCGUGGUGCAGUGUGCGGCGCCUGCGGAGCCUCCGCGCUCAUGGAGCCGAGGGACUCCCACGCGGGUGCUCCGCCUCGCCUGCCGCCGCUCCGAGCGGAGCCCGAGCCGGAGCCCUGCAAUCGAUGGAUCGUCGCUGAGCCUCCGCUUGAGAGCAGACACGUGUGUCACCGGUGGGCGGGAGGGUCCCACACGCUGUUGAGUGCGACCACACACGAGCGAGCACCGAGUCUGGACCUCAGUGAGAUCCGCACCAUGAAGUAUACAGGCCACGGCACGGACGGACGGCUGUACAUGUUGGAAGAGGAUCUCAAGCCGUGUGUUGAAUGCAACAUGCUCACCACGGACGUCCCUCCAGAAGGAACGCAGGCCGGCGACACGCACUGACGGGCGAACACACACGCGGUAUAUACACGUGUAUGUUUAUUUUUGAUUAAUUGUAUCUUUAGAGUAACAUGUUAUCAAAUAAUUUACAAAUUGCUGAUGUUUAAUCUGCAUUAUGAAAAAUAUUAUUAAUUAUAUAAUACAAUGAU